AUGGCUGGAUCCCUCACCCCUCGCGCAGAUGUCCACGCCGGUAUAGUCCAGCAGUGGGAAGGCAACGUCACCAACGGCAGCACCAACACGCCUCGAUCCGUCUCGCGCUCGCCCGGCGCCGCAGCCCUUCAGCAAAAUGGGCACCAUCCGAGGAGAGCAGCGUGCGGCGAGGAGGAGCAGAUGCCCAACACACCACCCAUAACGGAGGAGGACAGGUUGAUGUGGCAAGACCAAGAGCUGAACAAGAAGAUUAUCGACCAGGUCGAAGAGAAUGGCAUCCAGCGGCCAAAGGGCCACAAAGUCUCGUUCCACUACAACAGCCACGUUGAGGACAUGCAUUUCGGCAAGACCCAUCCCAUGAAGCCAUGGCGCUUGACCCUGACCAAGCAUCUCGUCCUCGGCCACGGACUACAGUACGCCAUGGACACAUAUGAAGCCGUGUCGGCCGGCACAGACGAAGUGCGCAAGUUCCACGCGCCAGAUUACGUCGACUUCCUCAGACAAGUCAGCCCCAAGACUUUCCCUGAGCUCUGCAAGAUACCUCGAUUUACCCGCGCAAUACCCCCAAAGCAUGAAGGCGACUCCGUCGAGCUGGGUCCGUACAACCUGUCUACCAGCCCGGGUGCGGAUUGCCCAGUCUUCGACGGCAUGUCCGAAUACCUCUUCCUCUACACAGGCGCUACCUUAGCUGCCACGCACCAACUCACAUCCGGCGCAUGCAACAUCGCAAUCAACUGGUCUGGCGGCCUGCACCAUGCACACAAAGCCGAAGCCUCAGGUUUCUGCUACAUCAACGACAUCGUCCUCGCCAUCCUCGACAUGCUUCGAGUAUAUGCGCGGGUCCUCUACAUCGACAUCGACGUCCACCAUGGCGAUGGCGUCGAAGAAGCUUUCCAGCGCCAACCUCGAGUCAUGACCCUUUCUUACCACCGCUACGGCCCAUACGAUGAGACCGGCCACAAGUUCUUCCCCGGCACAGGCGAUCUGGAAGACAUCGGGUUGAAAGGCACCCCAGGCGAGCACUUCGCCCUGAACGUGCCGAUUCCUAGUGGCAUCGACGACCGACAGUACAAGUUCCUCUUCGAAGGGGUCACGGGCCGCGCCAUCGAAGCCUUCAACCCGUCCGCCAUCGUCCUGCAAUGCGGCGCCGACAGCUUGGGCGGAGACCGACUCGGCCAAUUUAACAUCAACAUCAAGCAACACGGCGAAUGCGUCGCCUUCGUCAAGAACCAACAUCUCCCCUUACUCCUCCUCGGCGGCGGCGGCUACACGGCCCGCAACGUCGCCCGCGCCUGGUGCCACGAAACGGCCAUCGCGACCGACAACAAACUCGUCGACAAAGUCCCCUACUUCGUCCCGCGCAUCGAAGCCUUCAAAGGCCGCGCGCACGGCGACGAGAAGAUGUACCCGUCCUUCGAACGCCUGCAUAAGAACGAGUGCAAAGACGCCGAUCUCGAGUACAUGGUCAAGAAGCUCGAGCACGAUCUCAAGUACGUGCGGAAUGCACCGUGGGUCAAGCGGGAUCAGUUGCCGACGGAGAGCGCCAUGGGGAAUAUCAUGGACGAUGUGGAUGAGGAUAUUCGCGGGGAUAAGGCGGAGAUGCAGAGGAAGAGGCGCGAGAGGGAUCCUGCUGGGAGGGGGGAGUUGAGGUGA